AGUCCAUUUACCAGGAUCUUUUAUUCAUGAAACCCCGAUAAAUGGACGGUGGGUGGGACAGUUCUGCGCAUUUGUUCGAAAGGUUUGUACUAACUCAAGCCCUUCCGGUCUACUGACUUCAUCAGCAUGUACUCUGAAAGUGCGUGGCUACUUGCGACGACAGAGUCGACACCGAUUGACCCGUGGGCGCGCUGUCUGAGCCUGUGAGGCUGGCAAUAGGCUGUCCGGGCGCGACCACGUGACCGCGGCGGCGCACCCUCCUGGAUAUCCUACUUAAACUCUCCCUGUUUGUAGGGCACUCCCCCAUCACUGGCGCGGCCUCGGUAUCCGCACCAUAACCUCUGUCUGGGACUACACGAUAUUGCCAAGAUGCACAGCCUACCACUCACCCUCGCCAUCGUCUACCUCGCCUCACAUUGUGUCAGAGCCGGCACCGUGUCGAAAGGAGGGGAUUGCUCCGUCGCUAGCCAACGACUCAAUCUGGGAACGUACCAGUUCUACUCAGAGUGUGACAUUAUCACCUUCUGCAACGCGACGGCGAGCAAGUGUGAGCUGAAGGGUUGCAGAAAGGACCAGUUCCCCUUCGGAUACGCCGACAACGCUGACUUCCCCCCAUUGUGUCCGUCGGGCAUGUUCUGUCCGGACGAAGAAGAUCAAUGCUUGGAAGUGCUGCCAGUGAGCAGCCCGUGUCAAUUCAAUCGCGACGAUCAGUGUCAGCCCCCUCCUAAUCAUGCACAACUCAAGGACGUUCAAGGGUUUGGCCGGAAUUCGAACGGUGCAGUAUGCCUCCAUAACAUCUGCAUGUGGGCAAAUGCAACAACUGGCGAGGCUUGCACUGUGGAGAAUACCGUCUUUGCCGUGUUCGGUAGCGACGGCCAUGAAUAUGCUGAUGUUGUUUCUCGGGAUAACUGUCAGAUCAACUCAUACUGUGACUCCAGCACCCUCUUGUGCGUAAAGACGAAGGAGUAUGGUGCAUCAUGCACGGGUAACAAAGAAUGCGCAUCUUUCAAUUGUCUGUCCGCAGGUGCAUGUGGCUCGAGCACUGACACGCCCGCGCAUGUCUCCAAGUGGGUGUACGGUGUUGUAGCAGCUUGCGCCCUUGGAGGUGUUGUCGGGACGUUAUCGCUCUUGCUGACGUUGCACAAGAAAGAACGCGAAGAGGCGCGGAAGCAACGAAUGCAAUACUGGGAAGAACAGAAUGCGCUGCGAUCAAGUUUCCUGAGCAUGCAAGAAGCGGCACACACGUCGCUCCAUUCGUUCGACGGGAAUACGAGGAGACUGCAGAAUGGCUCAUCUAAGAGGCACUCAUACUACGAUGACCUGCAAACACCGCCGAUGCAGGGUCCCAGCAAGUCACUGAGCGGGCUGCGUUACACCGUCGUUAGCGAUGAUGGAUACGAUAGCCAGCUCCAGACACCAUAUGCCUCAGGGCAAGCAUCGCCGUCCUGUUCUGCGCCUCGGUGAACGAGGCUCCCGGACUUCCGGCGACCACUCGUUGCGUAUUUACGAACGGUUGAACAUAU